GCGGCGUAGGGGUCAUAUGCACAAGCGCCCAUAGCUGCUUAGCACACUACUGCGCUGCAGCUUGCAGUGCUCCCCUGCAGCAUUCGUCUUUUUCUCACCUCAUUAUACGUCUCGAUCUUUUUGCAAUAGCAGACAACCGGCACCUGCGCGAAAGAAGUAUCGAUGUUCGGCGGACAACGCGGUCGGUCUAGUGCCUACGAAUUGGAGGAGGAAGUCCAUUACCCAACGAGGCCAGUGGACAGAGAGAAGGCUGAGGCUGAGCUUGUUGUCAACAUCAAGAAGGCAACCAACCCGGAUGAGACCGCCCCUAAGCAGAAGCAUGUCCGAAAGUGUAUUGUGUACACAUGGGACUACCACUCAUCCAUCUCUUUCUGGACGGGCUUGCGGGUUCAGCCCAUCCUGGCGGACGAAGUUCAGACGUUCAAGGCGCUCAUAACUGUGCACAAGGUUCUGCAGGAGGGGCAUCCAGUCACAAUCAAAGAGGCUCAUGGGCAGACAGGCUGGCUGGAGACGUGUGCUCGUACAGUUGGACACGAUAGCCCACGAGGCUAUGGGCCGUUGAUCAGGACAUAUGUCCAGUUCAUACUGGCAAAGCUUCGGUUCCAUCGUCUUCGACCAGAGUUUAAUGGGUUGUUCGAGUAUGAGGAGUACGUGACAUUGAAAGGAAUAGAUGAUCCUAACGAAGGAUAUGAAACAAUAUCCGAUCUCAUGGGGCUGCAAGACCAGAUCGAUUCCUUCCAGAGGAUGAUUUUCGCUCAUUUCCGUCAUUCAGCCAGUAAUGAGUGUCGCAUCUCUGCACUUGUUCCUCUCGUGAAGGAAAGCUGGGGUAUCUAUAGGUUCAUCACGAGCAUGCUGCGAGCUAUGUAUAAAAGAACCGACGAUACCGACGCUUUGGAACCUCUACGUCAGCGUUACACUGCUCAGCAUUACAACCUGCGGAAGUUCUACUACGAAUGCUCCAAUCUGAAGUACCUGACAGGACUUAUUAAUGUGCCUAAACUUGGUCAGGAACCUCCGAACCUUAUGGACAAUGGGCCUGCACCCGAUCUGCCGGCAAGGCCGACCACCGCAAACAUUCAGACGCCUCCGCCUGUGGCUCCUACGCCCGAUGCUGCAGCAGUCAGCGAGCAAGCCCGCAUGCUCAAGCAAUAUGAAGAGCAACAGGCUGCUCUGCUCGCUGCACGUGAAGCAGAAGAGCGGCGACGUCAGGAGUUGGAAGAGCAGCAGCGCCGCGAAUUCGAACAGCGACAGGCGGAGCAAGCUGAGAGAGAGAGGGCCGCACAGGAAGCACUACUUCAGCAGCAGAUGAUGCAGUACAACAAUCAAGCUGCUGCACAGGCUGCAGCGAAUGCGCAAGAGCUGGAGAGAGAGUUGCUCGCCAUGCGCGGUCAGUACGAGCGGGACCAGCUCAUGCUUGAGCAGUAUGAUCGCCGGGUGAAAGCUCUCGAAGGCGAGUUGGGUAGCGUCACUGCGAACAUUAACGCGCAGAUGCAGUCCAAGGAUGAGUUGAUCAAACAAUUGCAAGAUCAAGUCACUCUCUGGCGCAACAAAUACGAAGCCCUUGCGAAGUUAUAUAGCCAACUCCGAACAGAGCAUCUCGACAUGCUCGCGAAGUUCAAGCAGAUGCAACUCAAGGCCAACUCGGCGCAAGAGGCAAUCGAUCGCAUGGAACGCAUGGAACGUGAUUUGAAGGCCAAGAAUUUAGAGUUGGCAGAUAUGAUACGAGAACGUGAUCGUGCAAGAUUCGAUUUGGAUCGCCAGAAGGCUGGUCACAAGGACGAACUGGAUCGGUUGCGGAGGGAUUUGAACUUCGCGAACGAACGCGCGGAAGACGCUUCACGAUCGAAGAGUUCCGAAGUAUCGAAUGUCCUGGGCAAGUACAACAGGCAACUGACGGAACUCGAGGAUUCGCUGAGAGCUAAGCAAAUUCAAAUCGACGAUCUUCUCGCCAAGCUCGACAGUGCUCAGGCGGACAUUGAGCGCCUCAGAGAGGAGAAGGAUCAAGAGAUCGCCAUUCUCCAAGAAGGCAUGGACAGCACUAUCCAGCAGCUCCAUGAGGCUCAACAGAACCAAGGCAUCUCAGAGGAAGCUACGAAUGCUCAGAUCGAUACUCUCAUUCUUGAUAACAGAAAGAAGCUCAACCAGAUCAUCGAUUCUAUUCUGCAAGCUUGUGUGCAUAAGGUGGACGAAGCAAUCUACGAGUUGGAAUCCCCAGCUCAAGCUGGUAAUAUCAAUUCUACUCCUGAGUAUACCCUUUCAAUGAUCGAGAAGGCGGUCAACACCGCUACGGAGUUCGCAACCGUCUUCAACUUGUACCUAGGCGGAGAAGUUGGCGGUGACCAUGUUGAUGUCAUCAAGGGUGCCAAUGAGUUGGCACAGUCACUUUCAGAUGUUCUGAUCAAUACCAAAGGCAUCACCCGCCUCGUCAGUGACGAGGCGUCCGAUAAGCUCAUCAACGUCGCCAAGACAGCCGGUGACGUUGGUCUAAGGGUAUUCCUCAACCUCCAGUCCUACAAACUGGAUCUGCUCCCAUCGUCCACUCAGCGGAAGGAGGUCGCCAUGCGCAACAACGGCGAGGUGCGCAAUGCUUUGACCAAGCUCUCCGAGGUGGUCGAUUCCCUUGUGCCGAAGGGUGGCAAAGCAGGAGCACUUUCGAAGGCGAAAGGAGAUAUCGGAGACAUUGUAGAGCAGGAGAUGUUGGGUGCAGCAAAGGCCAUCGAAGCAGCUACGGAGCGCUUGCAGCAGCUGAUGUCGCGUCCUCGUGAUUCUACUCGGUUCAGCGCAGUCGACCUGCAGGUCCACGAUUCCAUUCUGGCGGCGGCAAUGGCGAUCACAAGCGCCAUCGCCCGCCUUAUCCAGGCCGCCACGGAGUCACAACAAGAGAUUGUUGCACAGGGCAAGGGCUCGAGUACCACCCAGCAGUUCUACAAGCGCAACAACCGCUGGACGGAGGGUCUUAUCUCCGCUGCUCGUUCCGUCGCCUUCGCCACGAACUUGCUCAUCGAGAGCGCCGAUGGAGUGCUGUCCGGGACUCACUCCUUGGAACAGCUCAUCGUGGCAUCUAAUGAGGUUGCAGCUGCUACCGCUCAGCUGGUCGCCGCAUCCCGUGUCAAGGCGAACCUCAUGUCGAAGACCCAGGAGCGUCUAGAGCUGGCGGCGAAGGCUGUAACGGACGCUUGCAAGGCUCUUGUCAAGCAAGUGAAGGCCAUCUCCGCGAAGCAGGCGCAAGAGGAGGAGGUCGACUACCAGAACAUGGCAGCGCUCGAAUUCAAGAAGCGUGAAAUGGAGCAACAGGUAGAGAUCCUACGGCUGGAGAAGGACCUUGGAGCAGCUCGUCACCGUCUGGGAGCAAUGCGGCGGGCAGGAUAUCAUACUGAUGAAACGGAGUGACCGCUCAUCCAUCAGAAGACAUCCACAUCCUGAUAUACCAAACCCAUCUGUAUCGUACAUUAUAUGACUACUAUUCCUCACGCUUCGGGUCCGGUUCGUUGAUAUGGUAGGCGGAUAUUGAUUUUAGUUUGCACACUUAGUCUUUGCUAGUUCUUGCAUGUCGGAUGUCCAUUCGGCUCGCGAGUUUUCUCGAUUCAU